AUGUCAUCUCAAAUAAUACCGAUCAAAGACCAAGCCGCUUUGGUCUUAGAAGAUGGAAAAAUAUACAAGAUUCAGCACCGGCGACAAAGAAAAAUUUUGAGCUGCGUAGCUUGUCACAAGCGGAAGAUCAAAUGCACCAGAGAAACGCCCAGUUGUUCGAUUUGCUUGAAGAAAAACAUCGAGUGCCACUACUUUUUGAAUGAUCGAGUUUCAAGAGGUGGUAAUGCUACCGUGGAGUCGAAAAUCGAGCUUCCAGGAGCUGCGCUCGUACCUCCCGAUGUUGGGUCCCUUGAUCCCAUAGAGAAAAAAAAACAGCUCUUGAUGGCUAUCGAAAAGGCGAAAUCAAUGGCCAACGUCGAAAAGACUCUAUUGGAGACGAAACGACAACAAAAACGGGAUUUCAGCCGUAGAAAGGGCGGAAAGUCUGUCUCAGAUGAUCCUGAAAUACUCACUCAAACGUUAAACUCCGGUGGUGUUGCUGAAUUUGGGAGCUUCAGGAACACCCCCAACAGCACUCCCACCUUCUCGCCACCUAUGUCAAUUUCACCUACUCAAAAUAGCCCGCGCCCAACAUUUGGUAAAGACUUGCGCAUGUAUCUGCCUUCGCCACAGAGAGCGAUUGAACUUUUUACCAUUUACCAUACUACGGUACAUCCUAUUAUUCCGCUUAUAGACAUGCCUAAGUUUAUGCACGACCAGGAGAUAUUCUGGAUCGAACGUGGCCAGGGGGAUCCUGGACGGAUGGAAUUUCUGUUAAUAAUGUUCCCCGUUCUCUAUGCUGCUUCAAAAUCCCAGUUUCAUCAAUGCAACAAUAAUGACACUCUUUACCAAGAGAUGUCAGUUUUUCUAGAGGCUUCUAACGUUCUUUAUGCCCUUCAUGACUUUCCGAAUACCUUUGACAUCAACAUGAUCACAGGCUCUGUUUUAAUAAACUCAGUCAUUGAAAAUCCUAGCAUAACGACAAUUGCUCAACUAUCGCGUCUUGCGCAAAGAACUAUGCUCACCCGCGAUCCUGCGUCCUACCAUCAGUUAUCUGACCUGGAUGUGAUACAGAGUCGUCGAAUCUUGUUUUGGCAAAUCUUUCAGUUAGAUACCAUGACGUCUUUAUACAACAAUCUACCACCGUUGAUCAAACUUGAUGAGUUUGAUACAGCAAGACCUGCGGAAGUAGUAAAUGGCGAAGUUAACCCCAGUCUUUGUCUUUUGAAUGCAAAAUACAGAUUUGUCCUACUACUAAAUGAACUAUGCUCGCUUACGAAUAGAGGAACAUUUCAGGGUUUAAAAGAGAGAAUUGUGGAUUUGCACGUCUGUUGUAUGGGAAGUGCAUUGUCUUUGCGCAACCAUAAUAAACAAGUAGGCCAAGGUAGUGCCCACGAUGCUAAAUUCAUAGAAUGGGCAGUAUUCAUGUUGAACACUUUCGCAGAUCGCGCGUGUCUGCUGUUGCAUCUAAACAUCAUAAAAACAUCAUUACCUAUGUUAAUGAAAAGGCGACGACUGUGGAAACAGGAACAGCAUCUUCGGAAUGGAGAGAAUUCUGAUCCUAUCACCGAUAGUGGGUAUGGAAAAAAUUUCCGUACGAUUCAGGCUAUAUUAAAUGAUAGCGGUAAUUUGACAUUGGAUCACACUUUAAGAGAAGGCCCCGAUGGGCUGAUCAGUACAGGCCUUGUUUAUGACUAUGAGGACCUAACUAACAAUUUAAUUCCUGCAUCGUUACACUACUUGGACGAAUUUCUAAAGUAUCAUACUGAUGACACUUUUUCCUGCUACAAUUGGGAAUUAAUGGUAGGUAACAUGCCUAUAAAUGCCAUCACGUUUGCUAUCAAAACUUUAGCCCUGGAUGUGAAUCGGGCGCAGCAACUGAACCAGAUUCUAAUUUUACAAAAUGAUUUGAGAUACAUCUUACUGUCUAAAGCUAUCCCAGUGGCCGAAAUGAAAGUAGAUGCCAAGACCGCUGUCUGCAAAAAUUGUUUUCAGUUGAUAAAACUGCUUUUCAAGCUUAUCAUCGUAAAACAUGGAAAAUACAUCGAGUAUUUAAAUGAUGCUCCUAUAGAUGGGUCAAAGCUCUUUUACAGCAAGUAUGACACUGGAAAUUCAUCUUUGAAUAGCUCUCGAUCCGGAGUUGUACCACAACCAAGUGUGGGAUCAAUGAGUGGAUCCGCCGGAUCUCCGGGAACCCUUCAAGGACCAAAUUCUAACCCUGCAGAUGCAGAUUCUGCUCGGGAUACCAACCGAAUUCUGAGUAUAACGAGCAUCAUAAAUGGAGACGAUUUCUUCAACGAUGGGUUUUCAUUUUCCGGUAAUCUCAUCUACAAUAACAGUACCCUUGAUACUUCCUACACCACAUCCUGCGAUCAGAUUGCUCCAAGGACUAUGAGAGCUCUCGCCGCUACCCCACAAAAUCAACCAGCAUAUCCCGUAUUUGGCGAGGCUGGCGUUCCAACUACCCAGCCUGUGCCGAUGGAUCCAAGUGUUCCUUUGAAUAGUUUCUUCAUGAACCCUUAUGUGCGUGAUAUGCCGCUCGAGCCGUCGCUGGCCCUCCCAGGGGCAGUUUCUGCGACCGGUGCUGGUUCCGUACCUGUUAUGGCCUCAGAAUUCACAAAUACUGACGCUAUGUACGGAGCUUCGGCCAAUGGCAAGUCUGGCACUUCGCUUACUGGUAACACCGUAUCCGUGGAGCCGCAGCAGGAGAUAGAUUGGAUCAAACAAGAAGUUCAACGAUACAUUUUGUUGCUGAACAGCGAUAAGGGCGAAAUGGAAACUAUUGGCACGGGAGAUGAAUAUUACCGCGAGUUUGAGAAUGCGUUGCUGGAGAUAAUUUGUGGGAUAAUUAGUAGCUAA